AUGUACAAAUCCUGCCUCGCCCUCCUGGCUCUCCUGACCUCCGCCAACGCCAUCUGCAACCCCGGCGAAAUCGGCGUCGGCAGCUCCCAACUCUGCUCCAUCGGCAACCCCACCGGCGGCGGCUCCUGCGGCGCCGUGACGGCCGAGAUCUUCUCCGACUCCUGCGACGCCCUCGACACGUCCGAGGACAGCGACUUCUGCACCGCCAGCUACACCGACGGAUCCACGGUGGCGUGCGAUGAUGACCACAAUGUGACGGGCGCGACGGUGGGCAGGACGGAGUAUGGGAGUUGUCGCGCUGUGAGCGGGACGGAGGCGGAUUGUUCGGUGGCGGCGUAUGGCUAUUACUUUGCUUCGUUUUGCUGUGUGCCGGCUUAA